GUCAACCACUUCCAUCUCUUCAUUCCUUCUUCUCACGAGCUGUCUUGAACCACUCAAGUUGGCCUUCAAGGCACCGGUGGCCAUCCUGUUUAAAUGCCCACCGUGUGAGCAAAGGACCUUGAUGACGCAGCCGGAGCUUCGUCCACCACCUAAUUUCAUCCGCCAGCACGCGCCAACUGUCAUCUCAGCCCAUGGAAAAGCGUGUCACCAUAUGGCUUGUCGGGAGCCUCGCGGCUCUUCUCAGCCUGGCAAGCAGUGUUUUCAACGUUCUCUUCGCCUAUCACAUUUCGACAAGACCCUUGAAUUCGGCUCUUCGAAUACUUCUUUUUGUCGCCUUCGCCAUCAGCGUGCUGAACUUCGCGGGCGUCAUCUACUUUUGCGCCGGUUAUACAAGGAACUUACAGGGCCACUCGCUUGGCCUGAAGAAGCAGACCUGGGGUCUUUUCACUGCUGGCGUCGUCAUUGCUGGCGUCAGUAUCGCCGCUACGGGAGUUCCUCUUGUCUGGCUCUUUGUCAGACAAACGGGCUUACGGGAGAAUGUCUUGAACAUGCCCGUGAUGACGAUGCUCGCCAUCUGGGCUGGCCUUUGGGGCGCUACUGCGAUAUUGCAACUCGUGUUUUAUACCUUGCUAGGAUUAUGGACUAAGAAUGUACUAAGAAGUCAGAGAGCAAGUCGUUUAGACAUGGAUUUUGGAAGACGCGUGUCAUCAAUGUACGAGGUGCAGAGCGCCAGCAUGCAUCAACAGCGGCCCUCCUUUAACUCGCAAGACAUGACACUGGCUUCACCGCCACGAACGCCAAUUUCUCGUGGAGGAUCCGGCGUCCGAAGAUCCUCGUCGACGAGGGUUGGGUACAGUAGCUCGAGGACCAAGCUCGUUAGGCCAUCGGCCAGAUCCUCGCUCGAAGGCAAUCCAUUUCCCGCAGGUGAAGCCAUGUCGAUAGACAGUGCCUUUGACGACUGGGACACAUCAUCGGUACAUCAAGAGAUGCGAUAUGCCAUUCACUCAUCCCCCCCGGUGACUCGUGCGGGAUUGGCCACCAUUCCCGGAAGUCGACCAGAAUCUCCUGCCAACGCACUGGAUGGGCCCUAUCUCCCUGAAUCACCGUUGUCCAGCUCUCCGCCCCAUGCGGCCACCUCGGACGCUGCCACGAUGGUUGGAUGGAGCUCUUCUCCGCGCCAGUACAAGUCAUCUCCGUCUUCCAGCCCUCCCAACUUCUCCCGUCCAACCUCGUCGCACAAAAAGCCAGUAGCCGCACCGCCUCCCAAGUUCGGCGUGCCAGACUCAUCCAUGCACGGAUUGAUCCAUCCAUUGUUCCGGCCAAACAGCCCUCAACCACCGGCAAUCAACAGUGCCGGGACCAUGAUCACAGCAUCUCCUAUGGCAGAUCACCUGAUUACUCCCAAGACGCUAGCAAAACUGAGAAGUGAAUCGUCACUGAGACGUCGUUCGCAAUCGGUUUAUGACGAGGGAGCGUCCAAGGCUGGGACUCCGGAACCAUCAGAGUGGGUAGAAGAUUCAUUACCAGACAGCCCAACACUAGGCAGCUCGCCAUCGUUGGGGAGCCCUGGUCCGUCGGUGGUGGAUGAGGCUGAACUGCCACCCAUACUUCCAGGGUUUAUUCUGUCUGCCGGGACACGCAGCAGCUUGGUGGAGUAUGGAAAACGAAAAGGAUUGAAUAACCAACGACACAGGUCUCAGUUAUCGGCAGGUGACCGGUUAAGCUAAAUGCUUUGAUGAUGCAGGCCUAUGAACUUGUUAUGAGGAUAAUAUAUGGGCGGGCACUGGGUAUGGGAGACGUCGUUGUUUAACUCAACAAUUAAUGAAUGGACGUCUGUUUAGCAAGGAGUUGGACUGAGGAAUAUCCCUAUGGCGGUAAACGGUGGCCUCGUCCUUUGACUACAGGUUUGAUGAUCA